AUGUCGGGGAAAGACUGCGUCGCUAUAGCGUGUGAUCUCCGCCUAGGUCUUCAGUCUUUAACGAUAUCCAACAAUUUCCCCAAAAUAUUUAGAUAUGGCAACGUGUACCUUGGAGUCACAGGUCUAGCGACUGACGUAACUACGGUUUCUGAUAUUUUGCGCUACAAAGUUAACAUGUAUCGGCUUCGUGAGGAGCGGAACAUUUCGCCUUCGACAAUGGCUAAUCUUGUUUCUUCGUCACUCUACGAAAGAAGAUUUGGGCCUUUUUUCGUGAGUCCCAUUGUCGCUGGGCUAGAUCCAAAGACAGGCAAGCCAUUGAUUUGUGGGUUCGACAGUAUAGGAUGCCCAGACGUUGCAAAGGAUUUUAUUGUUAGUGGAACCGCGAGUGAUCAGUUGUUUGGAACAUGUGAAGGUCUAUGGGAACCGGAUCUGGGCCCGGAAGACCUUUUCGAGACUAUUUCACAGGCAUUGCUCAAUGCUACAGACAGAGAUGCGUUAUCGGGGUGGGGAGCCCAUGUUUACAUAAUUGAAAAAGACAAAGUUACUGUACGGUUGUUAAAGGGAAGACAGGAUUAA